AUUUAUAUCAUGAAUUUUUUAUGAAAGUCACGUACGAUUAUCGAGAGAGUCCACUGUUUACAUUCCAGUAUUUCUAUGAAGAUCAUUUGAAACUUGUUGUGAAUUGUGAGUUGCUGAGAGAAACAAGAGAGAAAAAUCCCUACAUUAUUUACACACCUAUUUGAAAGAAUAAUCACCAGGAGUGAAGACUGAUGAAGAUUGAAUCCGUUGGAUAAAAAUGCUACCAAAACAUUUCUUUCUUGUUGUUUUUUACUCCUGAUAUUUCAUAUAAUCUUCGUUUCGUCAAUUUUCUGGAAUAUUUGUGAAUAUUCAGAAUGGUCAGCCUUUAGUGCUUGCAGUUCAAUCUGUAGCUUUGGAAUAAAAAAUCGUACUCGAAGCGUCACCAACGGUCCUUCUAACUCAAGAAUAAGAAGAAUAUUAUGUUUUAUACAGUAGAUUUCGAGCAAUGUAGCUUACCAAACGGGGGGUGUGAUGAUAUUUGCAACCCUGUUAAUGGAUCGUGUUCUUGUUUUCUUGGCUAUAGACUCGAAGAUGAUGGUGAAUCAUGUGGUGAUAUAAACGAAUGUGAAAUGGAAAUGGUGGUUGUAUAAACUCCACAUGUAGAAAUACAUAUGGUAGUUAUAGGUGUGACUGUCAACCUGGUUAUAAACGAACAACCUCACGGAUCAUUUGUUUACCUAAACUAUGUUCAGCACUAAAUCCACCUAAAUGUCCCAAUGAUGCAUAUCAGGAUGAGUUUGGAACAACCUGCAUGCCUGCAAAGAUCAAUUAUCCACACGGAUUUGAGUAUAUGGAAUCGUGUUCUAUCUAUUGUGACCGAAACUUUAAACUUGCUGUUAUUAGAACACCAGAUGUCAGUGAAGCUUUUGCUGAAAACUUCCACAAGGUAGACUUCAAAGCACCCAACAAGAUGACUGUGUGUUCUUUGGACGGAGAUAAUGUGAAAUGGGACUGGAACCCAAAUUCUUCUCCUUACUACUGUAGGAGAGUUAAUGAUCCACCCUUUAAUAUUACCUUUUCAAACACUUCUAUCAAUGAGAAAAUGAAAAUUCUUACAAGUAUUGGCCACUUCAGUGCUAACGAUCCGCAAAAGGAUCAAUUGACAUUCACAAUUGUAAACGCGGAGGCAAAUUUUUACUUUCUUAUUCAAGGUCAUUCUCUGUUAGUGAAGAAACGUUUACUGUGGAGACCGCAAUCAAAUAAUAUCUACAAAGUAAAAAUUAAUGUGAGCGACAAUGGUUCACCUGUUAUGUUUACUACAAAAAGUUUUAACAUUACAGUGUUGAACGUUAAUGAUCCUCCAUACGACAUAAAACUUUCAAAUAACGAAGUGUUUGAAACUGCUAACGUUAGUUCUGUUGUUGGUAAUCUAACAGCUAGAGAUGAUGAUCUUGGUCAAAAACCAACUUCACAUUUUACCUGGGAGUUGGUCGACUCCGAUAUGGAUUACUUUAAGUUGCUAGGUCAUGAGAUAAUUGUUGCAAAAAGACUCAACUUUAAAGCAAAGAAUGUGCAUCACAUAAAAGUGAGUUGUACGGACAGCGGUCACCCACCUAAAACUUCGUCCAUCCAAAGUUUGUUUAUUGUUGUGCGAGAUAGUAACUAUUCUCUAAAUUAUAUCAAUUUGACAAAUAAUCGCAUUCCGGAGAACUCCGACAUUGGCUCAAUCGUUGGCGACUUUGUCGCGUUCGACGAAGAUAAUGGCACGCUAAAAUUUGAUUUGAACGGAAGCGAUGUGACAGUUCGUAAGAAGUUUGCUUUGCAAGAUGUUGCAAAAGUUGAGAAUCGUACGAUCAACAACAAGUCUUUUAAGGUUUUCUCAAUCCCAUUGGUGGUCGACGGUUUUCUUGAUUACGAAGAGCAGAAUGAGUAUAUUGUUUGGUUGGCGGUUACAGAUCCGCGGGGAGUGACGUCUAAACAAUUUCAAAUCAAAGUAACCGAUGUAAACGAAGCUCCAACUGAUAUUUUAUUAUCUAACAAUUUUGUAGCGGAGAAUUCUCCUUCUUCGACAAUGAUUGGAGAGUUUUGGGUGAAAGAUCCGGACGUAAAAAGUGUGCCACCUCAGAUCCAUAUUUGCUCCCUCGAGAACUCAUUAAAUCGUGACGAAGAUGAGUUUUACAUUACUCACGAAACUGAUCGCAAUAUUUUACGAGUAAACUGGAAUGAGCGUCGUAACUUUAAAAGAAAAAAUGUCUACAAUAUCACUGUAACUUGUAACGACACCGAAUUCAGUAUUUCUAAAUGGUUUAAAAUUCUUGUUACUGAUGUAAACAAAGCUCCAACAUCUCUUUACUUAUCAAACUCAACUCUCGAAGAAAACUCUCCUAACAUGACGUAUAUCGGUACUUUAACCGCUGAAGAUCCUGAUGGCUCAAAUCAGUCCUUUACUUACACUCUUGCUGAUAAUACUGAAUCUUUUCUCAUUGGUGGAAUCAAUCAUGAUGAAUUAUUUCAUUUGGGAUCAGUUGAUUACGAGCUUACACCAAGUUUAUUGGUGCACGUUAUUGUUACUGAUGGCGGUGGAUUGCAUUUUGAAAAGAUUUUUACCAUAACUGUUCUAGACGUAAACGAUGCGCCCACGGACAUUGAAAUAAGAAACAAUCCCUCUUUUAAAGAGAACAGCGUCGAAAAUAUCUUUAUCAGCAAUGUCGUUAUGAUUGAUGAGGAUAAAAACACAAAAACGUCAUGUAAACUUCUUGACUCCAGCGAGGAUCGCGUGAAACUAGACUUGCUCACGUUGCUUGUCGGUCCACGACCUACAGAUUAUGAAAGUCUGGAUUCUUCAAAAUCUUUAAAGAUAAAUAUCAGCUGUGAAGAUGAAUUUGGGAUGAGUAUCAAUAAGUUGUUUGGAUACCAGUCAAAGAUAUAAAUGAACCGCCAACAAUGAUGGAGUUGAUUGGAAAAGA